AGUUUAUCAAGUCACUGUACAAAGAACGCUUAAACAGUUAAACAAGGAAAACCGACGGGACGAUCCAGUCAACUUCCGCUCGCGCUCUAAACUAAAGGAGACGCAAUAAAUCACGUGUCCACAAAGCGGAUAAUGCUAUUGGCUGAGGAAGAGGCAGACGAAGGGGAAUUUCCCGAACAGACUCAUGACAAAAAAUAUUUUAAAAAAAGUUGUUCUGGUCUCUUUUACUCAUUCGGGUUGAUGUUCUCCUGCCAAGCGCGAAGUCGUGACUGUACUAAAACCUUCUGUUGAGUGCAUCAUGGAUGCUCCCCUGCCCUCCAUGCUAGACAAUGAUCCAUACCUGAUGGCGGAGCCAGCCGUCCGGAUCUUUGAGCAGCCCAAACAGAGGGGGAUGCGCUUCAGGUACAAGUGUGAAGGUCGCUCUGCUGGGAGCAUCCCUGGCGAGAAGAGCUCCGACAACAACAGGACCUACCCCAGCGUGCAGAUACUGAAUUACUGCGGUAAGGGGAAGGUUCGGGUUUACCUGGUGACGAAAAACGAGCCGUACCGGCCGCAUCCACACGAUUUGGUGGGGAAGGACUGCAAAGACGGGUUCUACGAGGCCGAGUUUGGUCCAGACCGCAGAGUGAUAGCUUUCCAGAACCUGGGUAUUCAGUGUGUGAGGAGGAGGGAAGUGAAAGAAGCGAUCGUUCAGAGGAUCACAAGAGGGAUCAACCCCUUCAAUGUCCCCAGAGAGCAGCUGCUGCAGACCGAGGAGUAUGACCUGAACGUGGUCCGUCUGUGCAUCCAGGUCUUCCUACAGGACAAGAACGGCCACUACACCCGAGUCCUGAACCCCAUCGUUACGAACCCCAUCUACGACAACAGGGCUCCGAACACGGCUGAGCUGAGGAUCUGUCGGGUCAACAGAAACAGUGGAAGUGUUAAAGGAGGGGAUGAGAUCUUCCUGCUCUGUGACAAAGUACAAAAAGAUGACAUCGAGGUGCGUUUCUUUUCGACGGACGGCUGGGAGGCCAGAGGCGCCUUUUCUCAGGCCGAUGUUCAUCGUCAGGUAGCCAUCGUCUUUAAGACUCCAGAGUACUACACCACCACCAUCACAGAGUCCGUCACCGUGCACAUGCAGUUGCGUCGCCCCUCCGACCAAGAGGUCAGCGAACCGAUGGACUUCCGAUAUCUGCCCGACGACAAAGAUCCUUACGGCUACAACGAGAAGAAGACCAAGAGGAAGUAUUUGAUGAUGACCUCCGGUUUGACGGGUGGCUCCUUUGCUAAUCUGAUGAUGAAUCGAUCCAGGGCCGCACCACACGCGUCUUUGCAGAAAGACACAAGCAGCAUGUACAUGAGGCAGAACACGCCUACGAUGCAGCAGCAGCCUUCCACGUUCAACCCGUCCUACCAAACCAGCACUCAGACUGGGAUGACGCCACAGGCUCAUAAUUUACCAGUCAAUUCCUCGUGGGUUAAUCCCAACCAAGUGGUCUCAAUGGACAUGGUUACCGUAAACCCGUCGGGAGACAUGAGCGGUCGUCCCAGCGGCGGCAGGCAGCAGCAGCCGAACUGCAGGUCCAGUUACCAACACAGGCAAGGUCACAGCGGCGCUCUUCCUCAGCUCUCCAUGCGGGAUCUGCAGUGUCUGAACACGGCUCCUCAGGCGCCCCUCAUGAGCCAGCCAGAGUCCCAGCCACUCUUCCACCAGCAGCACCAACGAGAAGAGCUCACCUCUGAGCCGCAGGUCCAGAACCAAAUGGCCAGCCAGAACCAAAACCUCCACAACAUGUGGUCAGGUUUCAGCACCAUCAACACAAACGCCUUCAACGGGUCGGUACUGGGAGAUGGGCGGGGAGGGUCGCAGGUGCCGAGCUCGUUUCCCUUCCUGGAGGGGAUGGAAGGGGAUGAUUUCCUAAAGGGCCUCGUUGGGGGGUUCCACUUGAAGCAGGAGUCCCAGGUCACUGUUGGACAAGACAGCAGCUCCCCCUUCCUGCAGUCCCCAAGAGAAAACCAGUCAAAUACUUACACCAACCUGGUCCCACGUCCCAUGAGCAACGAUGCCAACCUGGAUCUAAGGGGGCACGAUGGUGCCAGUAAUCCACAACCUCUCUCAAAUCUUCAGAGUCCUUUUGCAAAUAACGGCAUGAGGUCAGAGAUUUCAAAUGUUCGCUUUGCAAACUUGUCUGACUGGAUCAAAUCUGAUCGGCAAUGAGACUAAAAGUCAAGUCACUGGUUUGAAGAUGGGAACAGAAGCAGCUCUGUGGGGAGGCUGGAGGCUUUGUGUCGUCCACGGUGGCCCUUAAGGGCAUUUACAGCGUUUGGUUCAAAAACACAAGCUGUUAGUAGGCAGUUCCAGCUCCCUGUUCAUUAAAGAUUUCACAAGGAAUUGCAUUUUUAGAUUAGAUUUAAAAAUGUCAAUUUUUAGGUUUUAGAGGGGAUUUCUGUUGAAACGAUUCCUUUUCUUGGCAAAUUUGGGACUGGGCAUUAGUCGUGCUGUCCUAGAGCGUUGCUAUUGUGUUUUUUGGAACGGGCUGCACUUUUUCAUUGUGUUAAUCAGGCUGUAUGAGCUGUUCCACUCACACAGGUUUGGUUAUUGCUGGUGACGUUUUACCAGGAUGGAAUAUCUAAAAGCCCUUCAUCUGCCACGGUGGCCUGAUGGAACGACAGGCUAACGGUUCCCAGGUCUGGGUUAAAUCAUUUUUGAAGCUUUUUUUUUUUUUGUCAACUGUCACCUUACCGUCUGGUGGUUUAACCAUAAAUAUAUGAUAAUGUAUUAGAUGCAUUUUUAUUAUCUCUGCAAAGUAUUCUUACACAAUAAAAGUGUGCAUAGAUGAACUUUUUUUAACCAGAGCAUCUAAUGGGCCAUUCCCAUCUGUACCUGGUCGGCCGUGCCCGCAUAGCUCCAGUCGGCCCCAGCCUGGCCCGGUUGAUUCCACACAUCCUUGCUUAGGUAUGCAAGGAAUGCAGUCGGAGACAUUUUCAGCUUCUAGGUAAUCAGCAUGAUAAUGAAUGACUAUGAAUUGGGCAUGCCUCAAGCUUGGUUUAUGCUUGACGCAUUUACUUUCCGCUUGGUGAUGCGGCUCGCGGAUGGAACGCCCUUCACAACUCGCAGCGUUUAUUGUUCAUGCGGCUUGUCUCUGCGGUGAGCCAAUAUUCUCCCAAACUGUAGGGGGCAGCAUGGAGCUCGACGGCAUGCAUCCAACACUACACCAUAGUAGAAGUAGAAAUUACUGUUUACAACAUGGCAUUCCAGCAUUUUUAACAGCGUCCUCGUCUUUUCCGACAGUGCGACCUAUUUCUCUCCAAGAAUUAUUAACAACAUGUUGAUCACGGUGAUCUCUGAGAGCUGAAUCAUACAAAUGUCUGUAUUUACAAACUCUGCCAUACUAGUUCUUGCCAGUCCGCCAUGUUUUUCCGUGUCUGACCGUCCGCGUGGUUAGAAAAUUUACUAGGUGCGCGGUGCGGAAAGUUUGGGCCAUGCGGAGGCACGGUGGAGGGGCGUGGUUAUUAAAAUGACGCAAUUUUGACACGCGUAGCCGUGCGUCAAUAAGCAUAAACCAACCUUCAAGCCCAUGUGGGCUGAUUCUAUCCACCAAUCAGAGGCUUGCUCUCAUGAAAGGUGUGAAUUUGCUGACUGAUAAGCCUAUCAGUCAGCAGUGGGCGUGUUGGCCCUGGUCAGCCUGAAGCAGACCACCUCAGAAAAAGGGCUGAAAAACAGUCUUGUUGUACCCUGAAAAAAGGCAGGCCACCAAGAUAUGUAAGCAAGCUAUGCUAUCCGGGCCGGGCCGGGCCGGGCCGACCAGGUACAGAUGGGAAUGGCCCAAAAGUGCACUCUGCACAUACAUGUUCGCCACCUUUGAGAGUAAAAACACUCAACAGGCAAGGUACUGGAUUUCCCAUUGGGGAAGCUGAGGAAGGACGUUCGCUGGAGUCUUUUCUAUGUAAUGACUAUGUCAUACCAGUUAUUGUGUGCUACCCAGAGUUCUCACAGCAUUUCUAACAGAUCUUUUAUAUCUUUGCAAAAGUUCAGUUUAUCCUUCAUUGUUUUCUUUUUUCAGCUGAUUUUUAUUGUAACUGUUUUGAUGAUUGGUGGCACUUGCGUAGACGAUCUGGCGACUUUGUCAUAGAUGUUUUCUCACCUGUCCUGUGAGGAUUUGGGGGGCUUGAAUAAAAAGGCCUUUUGGUUGA